AUGCCCUCGAUUGCGUUGGGGGAAUCAUCGAAUCUCGCGUCGAGUGAAAUGAAGCUAUUGGUUCGAGAUGCUGUGAAACAACUUGCAGGGCGUCCCGAGAUCCGGGACGCUACAUCUCAAUUUAUCCUCCAUUGCCUCAAUGGAGCCCUUUCGGUACUCCUGUUGAUACUUGGAGGCACGUUUGCAGGCCUGACUUUGGCAUUCAUGGGCCAAGAUCAAGUUUGCCUUCAAGUCAUUGCUGGAUCUGGAACAGGAAAGGAACGACAGCAUGCGCAAAAAGUGCUGAAUGUGCUUCAACGAGGCCGUCAUUGGGUUUUGGUGUCGUUAUUACUAGGCAAUGUGAUCACCAACGAAACCUUGCCUAUUAUCCUCGACCAAGACGUGAAGGGCGGAUUGUUUGCCAUUGCAGCUUCCACGGUACUAAUCGUGAUCUUUGGAGAGAUUAUCCCUCAGAGUGUUUGCGCAAAACACGGAUUGGCAAUUGGAGCUUGGUCUUCGAGAUAUGUGAUUUGGGUGAUGUACUUGCUGUUUCCCAUCGCAUACCCCAUCGCAAAGCUCUUGGACCGACUGCUGGGACUCAGCCACGGCAUUAUCUUCAAUAGAGAAGGAUUGAAGACACUGAUCACGCUCCAUGAGCGUCUGAGCUUCUCGCCUACAGAGCGAUUAAAUAGGGAAGAAGUGAAUGUCAUAUCGACGAUCAUCGACCUAAAUUCCAAACCGGUGUCCUCGAUCAUGACCCCUAUUGGGAAGCUCUUCGCCUUGAGUUCCGACACCAGGCUCAGCGAAAUGACACGUUCCAAUAUCAUGACCUCAGGUUAUAGCGGUAUUCCCAUCUAUCUCCAGGACCGCCCUACGAGCUUCAUAGGAAUAUUAUCUGUCAAGUCUCUCGUUGCCCUCAACUUUGACGAAGACGUGACUGCGGGACAGCUUUCUUUGGAGACGCUGCAUGUCGUCCGCCCAGAGGUCAGCUGUCAGCAUAUAUUUCAGAUCUUCAGGGAUCGGAGCGUGCAAAUGGUCUUGGUGACGGAGAGGGGGACACAACAUGGAGAGCCACUUGGCAUUGUGACGGCGAGGGACGUGAUGGAUGAGCUGAUACGAGAGUAAGGUGUCCUCGCCCAGUACUCCGUUCUGCUCCGCAACUAAUAUCCAUUAGUCCUCUGGCGUUCAAAGAGGAGGAGGGAUGAGAAGAUGACUCGGUGCGGAAUAUCUUCAUUGCAUACGGUUCGGCGUUGGGUGAUAUCAUAUAUGGGCGGCGUCUACGUGAAUACGGAUCGCGAUUCCGCAUGUGGGUUGAUUAAAGUCGCAAAUUUUCUUGUAGGGAAGUCGUAGCCAGUUCAAUUCGGUGAAUUCAGCACUACAAGCGCUUCCACUCACUUACAUUGUUUACUUCCUGUCGCAUUCACGUGAUGAAAUGAUUCACUGAACCUGACUCAACUCUUGAUAUUCCGUAAACGGAAAUUCGCUCCACCUUCAGAAACAACUAUUUAUGACCAGACCGUUGAGUUCGUGAAAGCUACCAUCUUGCCUUCCACACAUACGAAUCUGAUUGUCGUCCUUCAAGGUACCAGCCUUACCUCGUAUUCCAAAAAGUCGCAGAAUUUCGCUCAAUCCCUCUCACAAUGUCGAGCAACACCUCCGUCACCUUGUACGCCAACUCUGCUGUAGCUUCAACUGGUGGUAUCAAAGCUGAACUUCGAUCCGAUACGUUCACUCUUUUUCCCAAGCUCCCUCUCGAAUUGCGUGGAAGGUCUGGAGGAUGACAUUUGACACGACACAUCAUGUUCCCCUCCAUUGCCGCAAAAUAUAUGGUGAAAAGGUCCCUUGCUACCGUAUUGCUUGGGAGCGUCCGGGCUGCCUGCCUGCUGCUCUGUAUGUCUGCCACGAAAGCCGAGUUGAAGCCUUGAUGCACCAUCAGAUCGUUCUUCACGAUGAGUUCAAUAAAAAUGCUUGUUGUCAAGGGGCUAAGAGCGAGGUGACUCUUGUCCAGAAGACAUUUUGGUUCAACAGCGACAAAGAUAGCGUCUUUAUCCAUGUAGAGGGCUGGUGUGAAACAAAAUAUCAGUGGUACACGACCUGUCUUCGUGAUUUAUCUUCCAAAGGUCGUAGAGUUAGCGAUACUAUUGGCAGUCUCGAAAUCCGGCUCUGGACCCAAAAACCACCUUGGUACCCCUUCCAAAAACUCAUGGAAAGAGACGUUGAUAUUUUUAUGAGCAACAUCAUGAGCAGUCAGGCGUUGCCGUUCCGAAACCUGCUUCUACUCUUUUGGCGUCUCAAAGUCCUUUGCUUGACCACCUUGCCAUCACCAUUACCUAACGAUCAAGUACGCAACGCUACCUUCCUCAAACACAUUCAAGAUUGGCUCGAGAGUAACAAAGAUCAAUUCUUUGACGGAAAGCCACCUGCGGUAUAUAUGGUAGAAGGCAAGAGAGGAGGCAGUUGUGAGGAGGGCAUGCCACCGAAGCCUCCACUGGCAUAAUACUGCAAUAUGUACAAGCUAAAUUACCCUGCGGCUCUGUCACAUUGCUUACAGGACAAAACGAUGCUGCUGUGGGGAAAGGCUCGAUCCCGAUUGCCUGCUGGCAGGC